AGAAACAUUAUCUAAAACGGUCAGCGUAGUAGUUUUGAUAAAUUGGACCAUCCAUCGCAAAAAAAAAUAUUUUACAAUUUAAAGUUGAAAAGAACAGAGUGGGAGUUUUGUAGUUUGUGUUAUUAGGUAUGAUUUUAAGACUUUUCUCAAAAAAAGUUAACAUUAGAAUAGACAGUUGUGAUAUGUGUUCGGGCCGCGUUAGGUUAAUCGUUAUGAACAAAAGCAGAUUUUCGCAAUUGAAAAAAGAUUAUGGAAAUUUUGAACGUUCUAACUAUAGGACACCUUCUCAGAAUGGACAUUCGUCACCUCAAAGCGGUGUUCCCACAAAAGAAGAAAUUUCGAAAGUGAUGGAGGCAGUGAACGACGUUUUUGAUGGGUUAAAAGAAAUGUGUAUCGGCGAGCUGGAAGCAACUGAUGAAGCUGUUUCAAUUGAAGUAGAAAAACUGGCAGAUAGGGCCAAGGAAACGUUAGAUCUUAUAGAAGAGAUGUCUUUACUCAAGCUGACUUGCCUUGUAUCGGAGAACACUUUAUGUACGAGCGAUUCCAAGACGAAAAUACAAAAGAUCGUCACUGAAGGAGAUCGAUUCCUGGACAGGUGCAUAAGUCAAGCUGGAUCGGAGAUUCGAAACAGUUCGAGUCAAUUUGUGGCGGAAACAAAUAAGGCUGUGUCGAAAGGACACGCUAUCCUCGAUUCCCUUGACGAUUGCAUGCAAAAGACCGGUUUCCAACAGUUCUCUUGCUACAGGAAGGUCAUGAAUAACGACGUCGAACCACUUACCGGAACGCUUUUGGAAACCAUAAGGUGA